GGUAAAGUUGUAUAUAUUAUAUAAAUUGUUUUCAGAAGAUUUUUCUGAUAACAGAAUUGUGACAAAGCUCAAAGCUCUCAUCAACUGGACAUAAUGAAACUGAUAGAAUCCUCAUUGUUUGAUCUUCAAAGGAAGAGGAAACUUAACACCGAGGAUGAGUGUCAAGGUUUUAAGCGCCAUCGCAUGUGCGAGCCUCUUAUAGCAGCAGACGUCAUACAGGAUAAUCUACAGCGAGAAUUUCUCAGCCAUGGAGUGAUGUCAUUGUCCACAAGUCACUGCAAGAAAUACCCCAUCAGUGGGGAACCUUUGGAUGGCAUCUGCCCCAAACAACCUGUCACAACUGCUGCAUCUUGUGGUGCUGCUGCUGGAGUAGUGCGCUCACCUCCCAAAGUUGGACCUUGCUUACGUUGUCUUGGUGGCGAGAGCGUGAGGAACAAGGCCACUGGAGACACAUGCUGUGAACACGCCCAUGCUGUACAAGUCAUCGACGCGACGCUCGUUGCCCUCACGUGUACCUGAUCUGUACCUCAGCUCAUUGAUUGCUGUUGGAACUGUGAAUGAAUGAUAAUAUUUACGUGCGACUAUUCCGACACACUUUUGUUCAGCAAGAUGCUAUUUAUCUCCUUGAAGUACCUCAUGAAAUUAUUCAUUAGAUCAAAUUUAUUAUUAAUUUGAACAUUUAAGGCCAAUAAUUCUAAACUGGAUGGAGCACGCCUGUUCAGUGGUGCGUAUGUUGUGCUGUCGUCUCGAGUCACCACGUGCUGUUGAUUCAAUUUCCUAUAUAAUUUGUUUAUAAUCCAGCUCGUAAUAACGCUUUAUCUGCGUUUGGGUAUGUGGGCUUAUGCUUUUUAAUAUACUAGGUUCACAUAUUGCAUGGUUUGCUGCUCAUGCUCUAGCUAGGAUAUUUUGUAGGAAAUACAUGUACCAGCGGGACCAAUUCCAUCAACGGGUACGACUUACCCGCUAGACUUGAUCCAUUAAUAUCAAGGAGGCGAGCGGAAGUUGCUGGUAGAAACUUGGCUGGGAAGAGGCUGCGCUGCUUAUUCCUCUGAACUUGCAUUCUAUGGAAAUUGUCCUGCUCUUGAUCUCUUGCAUUUACUUUAAGUUGCGUUUAUAGCGGUGAAUUACCUCACUUUAAUCGUGUUUAAUUAAAACAUUGGUUAUGAAAAGGUGCCCAAACCUAGCUUUAUCUACUCGGCUGAUGACGGGAUGGUUUGUCACGUGUGUGCGUCAGUCGAUUAUCUUGCAUGCCAGCGUGACCUUUGUGGCCAACAGACCCCAGGAAUUAAGCUAAAUAUCUUAGACAAAGUUAACGAAGAUGAUCGGUUGUAAAUGAAGUACGUAUUGUAAUGAAUUGUUAGUUUCUGCUCGUAGAAGCGCGGUCAUAUUACAUAAUUAGACUUAAAUGUAUGAAGCUUAACUGCUAAAGUCUGGUUGAUGUAGACGCUAAUUAAGAUAUGAAUAUAAUAUGUUAACCAUCAAACAAGGCGAAAGCUUU